UUUUUUAUCCCCUCCUUCGGCCUCCACUUCUCUCCCCCUCUCUCUCCCCCCCCUCUCUCUCUUCCACUUCCCCCUCUCGCUGCGCCGCCGCCGCUAGGGUUUCUGCCCCUUAUCAAGCCGUAGAACCCUACACCUGUUCCUACACGCCGCCAUGAGCGAGGAAGGCAAGGACGCGCUCGACCUCUCCGCCAUCAGCGCCGCCGUACCCAACGCCGCAGAGCUCAGCGCCGAAGACAAGGCCAACCUCGUGGAGUCGAUUAAGAACACGCUGCAGGGAUUGGCGGCGCAGCACUCGGACGUGCUCGAGAACCUCGAGCCCAAGGUCAGGAAGCGCGUCGAAGCGCUCAGGGAGAUCCAGAGCCAACAUGAUGAACUUGAGGCAAAGUUUUUUGAGGAGAGAGCUGCCCUUGAAGCUAAAUAUCUGAAGAUGUAUGAACCACUGUAUUCAAAGCGUUAUGAAGUUGUCAAUGGUGUGGUUGAAGUAGAAGGUGUAACAAAAGAUGAGGCGGCUGUAACUGCUGCUGAUCAGAAAGAGGAAAAGGGUGUGCCAGAUUUCUGGCUUAAUGCAAUGAAGAACCAUGAAAUCCUGGCUGAGGAGAUCCAGGAGAGAGAUGAGGAAGCUCUCAAGUACCUCAAGGACAUCAAAUGGUACAGAAUUAAUGAGCCCAAGGGUUUCAAGCUUGAAUUUCACUUUGACACUAAUCCAUUCUUCAAGAACUCAGUGCUUACAAAAACAUACCACAUGAUUGAUGAAGAUGAACCAAUCCUAGAGAAAGCCAUUGGUACUGAAAUUGAAUGGUAUCCUGGGAAGUGCUUGACACAAAAGGUUCUAAAAAAGAAGCCAAAGAAGGGGUCCAAGAACACUAAACCCAUCACAAAAACUGAGAUGUGUGAUAGCUUCUUUAAUUUCUUCACUCCACCUCAAGUUCCAGAUGAUGAUGAGGAAAUUGAUGAGGACACAGCUGAACAGUUGCAAAACCAAAUGGAGCAAGAUUACGAUAUUGGAUCUACCAUUAGAGACAAGAUUAUCCCGCAUGCUGUUUCAUGGUUCACUGGUGAGGCUGCUCAAGAUGAGGACUUUGAUGGCAUCAUGGAUGGUGAAGAUGAUGAUGAUGAAGAUGAUGACGAGGAUGAAGAUGAAGAUGAGGACGAUGAGGAAGACGAAGAUGACGAGGGUGAUAAGAAGAAGGGCGGGCGAGUUCCUGCAGGGGAAGGGCAGCAGGGGGAGCGGCCUGCUGAGUGCAAGCAACAGUGAGAUCCUUAGAACGUGAAUGUUCCAAAUUCAGUGAUUCUGGAUUGAAGAAUGCUGGGUUCUGCUUGAUGCUAUGUCGUUGAGUUGGUUCUGUGGGGCCAGUGGGGGAUUGAGUAAGUUUUGUGGAACCGGUGGUGGAUUUUUUUUGGACAUGGUAUUAUAUAUGCUGGUAGUCUUUCUAUUGUUGUAUUGGGUUGAAAUACUUGUGCGGUGUUUAUGCUGGAGUGAUCAAUGUUGCAGUUUGGUAUGUCAUUGCAAAUGCCA